AUGGCGCCCAUCGCAACGUCCGAUGCCACGCCAAACGCUCCGUCAACAGAAUUUGCCGAGCUCACACCUCUUGAGGCUAUAUCUUGCGGGCCAACACUUCCCGGCAUCCCCUCGUUCAACAAACUUGAAGAGAAAAGGCAAUGGAUAAAGGAACAUAUGGCCGGCGUGUUUCGCGUCUUCGCCAGGCUUGGAUAUACUGAAGGCAUGUCGGGUCAUAUCAGCGUAGUCGACCCAAUUCAGACAGAUGCGAUGUGGAUGAAUCCUUUAGGCGUGCACUUUGGUAUGCUCAAGGCAUCCGAUAUGAUCCUGGUCAAUUACCACAAUGGCAAAAUCGUUGGAGGCAACAGAAGCAGACCUGUCAACGCUGCCGGCGUUUUGAUACACGCUGCAAUUCACAAAGCCCGACCAGACGUACAUGCGAUCUGCCAUGCACAUUCAAUCCAUGGUGUUUCCUAUUCGACUUUUGCCAAGCCUCUGGAGAUGCUUAACCAAGAUGUAUGCAACAUUUUCGGUGUGCAAGGGGUGUACUCCCAAUAUGGCGGUAUCGUCUUUGGUGAAGGGGAGGGGCUGAAACUGGCCCACGCCCUCGGACCGAAAGGAAAAGGGUUGAUACUGAUGAAUCAUGGCCUUCUGACUGUAGGAAAAACCUGUGAUGAGGCUGGAUAUCUGUUCAGACUUAUGGAGAAGAGCUGUAAGAUUCAAUUAGAAGUUGAUGCGGCUGCGGUCAACGGCCUGAAAAAGCACAUUAUUUCGGAUGAGGAGGCAGCUUAUAACUUCAAGAUGGCUAGCGAAUCGGAGAUCCUAUAUUGCGAGUUCCAGCCUGAAUUGGAAUACGAAGAGUUCCUCAGUGGGCCCGGUUUCAAGACUUGA